AUGGCUUUGUUUGAAGAGAAUGAGGGAGGCCAGGAUGAAAAGGCAUGGAUAUUGUUGUUUGAUGGUGCAUCUAAUGCAUUAGGGCAUGGAAUAUGGGUAGUGCUUAUUUCUCAAGAAGGUCAAUACAUACCAAUGACAGCAAGACUAUGUUUUAAUUGCACAAAUAAUAUAGUAGAAUAUGAGGCAUGUGCCAUGGGCAUUCGAGCAGCAAUUGAAUCAAAAGCAAAAUUUUUGAAGGUGUAUGGCAGUUCAGCUUUGGUUAUCCAUCAGUUGAAAGGAGAAUGGGAGACUCGAGAUCAGAAAUUAAUCCCUUAUCAAGCUUACAUCAAGGGGUUGAUAGAGUAUUUUGAUUUUAUAACAUUCCAGCACAUUCCUCGUGAAGAUAACCAAUUAGCCGAUGCUUUAGCUACCCUAUCAUCAAUGUUUGAGAUUGUUCCAGACAAAGAACUACCAAUGAUCAAAAUGGAGAGUUAUGAGGAUCCAGUGUAUUAUCAUUUCAUCGAGGAGGAGUCAGAUGGUAAACCUUGGUAUUUUGAUAUCAAGCAUUAUCUUGAAACCCGAGAGUAUCCUGAAAGGGCAACUGAGAAUGAUAAGAGAGCAUUAAGAAGAUUGGCUGCUAGUUUCAUUUUAAAUGGGGAUGUCUUGUACAAAAGAAAUCAUGAUAUGGUUCUCCUCAGAUGUGUGGACGCAAAAGAAGCCGAAGUGAUAUUGAAAGAUGUUCAUGAAGGCAUGUGA